AUGUCCUCCUUGAACGGUGUGGUGAGCUGGCGCCUCGCGUUGGGAGCAGCGUCUGCUAUCUUCAUCCUGUCGAAAGUCUUCAAAUUGUUGAACGGAAUAAAGGCCGUUAAUGGAGUCAGAGGGCUUCGUGUCCCUUUCCAACCACUGGCUAUGCCAGCCGUCAUAUUUCCGUCGUCCUGGUGGAACCCGGGGGUUUACUUCACCUGGAGUGAACGAUUGACCUUCUAUCGUAAGUGGGGCUCUGAGGUUGUGUCAAUUGUUCCAUUCCUUUCGGGUAGGCCAACUUUGUACACGUCCAACAUCGAUGUCGCACGCCAGGUCGUUGCGGGCGGUAUCAAGUCUCCCUGGAUCAAGCCAGAGUCUGCUAGCCAGGCCAUGAUGAUCUGGGGCAUGAACCUCAUUGCGUCUGAGAAGGAGACGUGGCGAAGACAUAGGCGCAUCAUGGGCCCUGCAUUCAAUCCAAAGACGUACAGUUUGGUAUGGUCUGAGACCCUGCGUAUAUUCAAGGACAUGGUUUCCUCUGAGGGGUGGGACACCAAGGAUUCUGUGGAAAUUGCCGUGAUACAGGAAUACACGUUCAAACUGGCCCUAUACGUUAUCUCGUCUGUUGGAUUCGGUUUGCCCUUCAUAUGGGAUGCCCCUCCUACGAAUGAAGACGGGAGCAUGCCUCUUCAGGAAGCUUUCAAGACGUUUACAGACCAUCCGACGCUAUGGCUUGCUGCGCCGAAGUGGUUGUAUAAACUGCCUUUCAAAUGGAUUCCCGACCUGCCUGCUGCGCACAGCGUAUUACAGAACUAUAUGACGAUACAAAUCAAUGAGCGCAAGGUGGCGCUGGCGAGCGACUCAAGUGGCACAGAGAGUCAGAGGAGCGAUGUUUUCAGCUUGCUUGUUCGCGCGAACAACGAAGACGAGAAGCUACAGUUAGAUGACAGCGAAGUGAUCGGAAAUGUGUUUGGUCUGCUCUUUGCUGGACACGAGACUACUGCUCACACACUCGCGGCUACCCUUGGAUUCCUCGGGAUCCAUCCCCAAAUUCAGAAGGAGGUCUACGAAGAAAUAAUUCAAGUUAUCGGACAUGACCGCGACCCGACGUAUGAAGAUUUCAACAAAUUGGAGAAAGUCCUCAGCGUCUUUUACGAGUCAUUACGGCUAUAUCCCGCAGGAUACGUGAUGAUCCGCGAAGCGAUUGAGGAUACUGUGCUUACCAUCCCUUCUGAGCUUGGCAAACCUGGAAACCGGAGCAUCGCGAUUCAGAAGGGUGCACAGGUGGUCGUGGAUAUGGUCGGCGUUCAAUAUAACCCUAGAUAUUUCACCGACCCUUAUAAGUACGACCCUUCGAGGUGGUAUGGAACCAUGAACGACUCUGAGGCUGCUUCUGCAUUCAGCUUUGGCCCUCGGACUUGCAUUGGACGUCACUUUGCGGCUAUGGAGGCGGUGUGCUUCCUCACUUUGCUAAUCAAAGACUGGCACGUCGAGCCCAUCAUGAAGGAAGGGGAGACGGGGGAGCAAUGGAGGGAGAGGGUUAUGCCAGCUGCGAUGAUGUUGACACUGGGCGUAUCUCCCGUGCCAGUGCGGCUACGGAGGAGAAGCCAUUCAUAG